AUGACACGACGCUGUUUGAAAGUUCUCACUUGUUUUGAUAAAUUCAAAGACAGUCUUAAAAGUAGAGAAUGUGGAGAAGCAAUUGCAAUGGCUUUUAAAAGUUAUGCCCAAUCAUCAUUGCUUCCUUCCAUACAAUGUGUCAAUAUUCCACUUUCCGAUGGAGGAGAAGGAUUUUUAGAAUCGAUCAAACAAAAUCAUCCCAAUGACUACCAAUUACAAUUCUUUCCUGUCCGUCAUCCAUUGCAUUCAAAAAGACAUGAAAUAGUCCAAGCUCCUUAUUACUAUAAAAAACAUAUUCAUGACAAUGAAUUGAAUACUCAAGAACAUGUCUAUAUCUUGGAAAUGGCGACUGUCUGUGGAUUGGAACAAUUAAGCAUUGAGGAGAGAAAUCCAUUUGAAACGACCACUUAUCCGCUGGGACUUUUAAUCAAACACAUUCUAUUGAAACAUGAUGAAAAUGAUAACAUUCACAUUUUACUUGGAAUUGGUGGAUCAUGCACCAACGAUGCUGGAAUUGGAUGUUUGAGCGCUCUUGGAUGUAUCAAUAAUUUUGUUUUUCUAGACAACGACCAUGCCAUGGAUAGUGACAGCAAUACUUGUACAGACAAACUCGAAAACUCGUUUGUUUUUUAUGGGAAACAUUUAAUUCAUCUCUCAGAUUUCACAAUCGAUUUCAAUGCUUUACCUUAUCGAUACAAAGAUUUAACCAUUGAUAUUGCGUGUGAUGUGGAUAAUCCAUUGAUUGGAGAUAGAGGAGCAACGUUUACAUUUAGUAAGCAAAAAGGAGCCAAAACUCAACAAGAACGUGAAAUGCUUGAGAAGGGAAUGAUUCGAUUUGCAGAAUUGGUUCGAAACAAGACAGGAGUGGACAUUGCAGACAUGCCUGGAGCAGGUGCAGCAGGUGGAAUCAGUGGUGGAUUUUAUGCCAUACUUUUUGGAAAGGUAGAAUUGAAAAAAGGUAUUGAAAUGAUUGGAACGAGCUGUCAAUUGGAGCAACACAUUAAGGAUGCUGAUCUUGUGUUCACAGGGGAAGGAUGUUAUGACGAUCAAUCGGAGGGAGGAAAGGUCGUUUCAUGGGUGGCCAAACUUUGCGAAAAAUACAACAAGGCAUGCAUCAUCUGUUGUGGACAAAAGAAGAAAGAUACAGUACCCAAUGAGAAUUGUUUGUUGCUAGAUUUGCUUUCUCGAUAUCCACUUGAAAAGUCCAUGAAAGAAACCUUCUCAUGUUUGACUGAACUGACGAAGGAGAAAUUGCCUCUCAUUUUAGGGCAUGCAGAAAGGUUGUUGAAGAAGGAAUAA